AUGAGAUUACGAUCAACGACCCCUGUGCAGUCGCUUGUGCGCGGCUGUAGUGGGCGCGCCCAUCAAAUCCCCAACUUGACCCGCCUGUUGUCAAGCACCUCAUGCCGCCCAAGCAGGCUUCGUGCUCGCCUCGAGAUUCCUCCCCCGUUCCCGGUCACAAAAGCAUGCCCCGAACCGACAUGUAACUGCCCGUCGACACCAUCUAUGCCGGAAGGAUUGCCGAUCGACCAUGAGCAAGUGUUGAACGGGACGAUGGCGGCAUAUGCGCAGCAGCUUUUGAUUUGUACUGGACAGAGAGACUGGACAAGUCGCAUUGAAAAUGAUGGAGAAAACCAUAGAUGGGGUGAUCUCGUAAGGGGCCUCAAGCGCCUGCUUGGUCGCGGAGGCCCAUAUCUGGAUCCCUUCAACAAUGUCCUUGUCACUAAUACUUCCAUUGCGCCCGCUGCGACCAAACGCACCACCGCCUCCGCAUUUCUCUUUCCCAGCUUCAAAUACAUUCCCUCCAUCCCAGUCGAAAUCCUCUCCUCUCCGAACACCACCGACUUGACCACGUUUGUCCGCGCAUUUCUCCUUCCCGAGCAGCUAAAUCGCAUGCACUCGUCUUUGCCCGAGGCCAAGCAAGCUGAUAUGACCCGGGUCCCGGAUUUGGCUUCGAAGUUUACGGGCAUCAUCGACAUUGAAAAUUCGCCCACCAUUUUAAUUUGUGGACAUGGAGGCCGCGAUAUGCGCUGUGGUGUCAUGGCACCCGCACUUGAGACCGAGUUCCAGCGUGUGCUUCAAGCACAAGGAUUUACGUCCACGAAUAGCGAUGGCACAACCAUCGACGACCCCAAGCAUGCCCACAUUGGUCUGAUCAGCCACAUUGGCGGUCAUAAAUACGCAGGCAAUGUCAUUGUAUAUAUCCCACCAAAGAUGACGAUUGGAGGCUCAGAGUCUCACCCGCUGGCGGGUAAGGGGAUUUGGUAUGGCCGCGUGGAGCCCAAGCAUGUGCAAGGUAUAGUGGAUGAAACCAUUCUUGGGGGCAGACAUAAUGAGAUAUUUAUCAUUAUGCAGACUCUCUCCCGAAUUCGAUUGACGCCUUUAGCCGCACAGGCGCGGAGGUACGCCCGCCCCCGGCUGCGCCCAUUCGCUCUCUCCACGAACGCCUUCAUUCGCCUCGCCACGAAUACUGCAAGCCCCCGAAAGCUUGACCUUCCUGCACUGGACAAGAAAUGGCAGGCUCAAUGGAAACUGGACGCGACUUCACCGCCAUGCAGUACCGAACACGCAUCCGAGCCCAAACCAAAGUCAUACAUUUUGUCGAUGUUCCCUUACCCCUCGGGCACGCUGCAUAUGGGCCAUCUUCGCGUGUAUACAAUUUCAGAUGUGCUCUCAAGGUUCUAUAGGAUGCGCGGACACGAUGUCCUGCACCCGAUGGGGUGGGAUGCUUUUGGAUUGCCAGCUGAAAACGCUGCGAUUGAACGCGGCGUGGAUCCUGCAGAAUGGACGCAGCAAAAUAUCACGAAGAUGAAGGCUCAAUUAGAUAGUAUAUCAGCGGGAUUUGACUGGGAUCGGGAAGUUGCUACCUGUGCGCCGGACUUCUACGAGCACACCCAACGGAUAUUCUUGAUGCUACAUGAGAAAGGAUUGGCGUACCAAGCGGAGGCUCUAGUCAACUAUGACCCUGUCGACAAGACUGUGCUCGCCAAUGAGCAGGUUGAUGCCAAUGGCUUCUCGUGGCGAUCUGGAGCCAAGGUCGAGAAACUGAAUCUCAAACAGUGGUUCUUCCGAAUCACGGACUUCAAGGAGAUGCUAUUAAAGGAUCUAGACUCGCUUGCUGGGGGUUGGCCGGAACGUGUUCUAUCCAUGCAACGGAAUUGGCUUGGGAAAUCGAACGGCGCCAAGAUCAGGUUCCCUGUGGAUGUUGACGGCACAAAUGUACACGUUGACGUCUUCACCACACGGCCAGACACCCUUUACGGUGUUGAAUAUGUGGCUCUAUCACUAGAUCACCCCAUCGUUCUACAAGCUGCAGAGAAAGACGCCUCCCUUCGCCAGUUCUUGAAUGAGGCAUCUUUACUUCCACCCGACUCCAAGGCCGGUUACCGCCUAAAUGGAAUUGCAGCAACUCAUCCUUUGCUGAAAAUUGACAAUGAAAGCCCUCAAUUGGCGAGAAAUCUCCCCGUCUUUGUUGCGCCCUAUGUUCUCAGUGAUUAUGGUGAGGGUGCAGUUAUGGGUGUGCCUGGUCAUGACGCCAGAGACAUGGCGUUCUUCAAGGAAAACGCGAACCCCGAGUCAAUUCCUGUUGUUAUUGAAUCAGAACCAUCUCAAGAACAUGUCACUGCGGUUUCUGCCCAGGAUGCGAAGGCUUUCACGCAGGAGGGCUUUCUCACCUCGCAGUGUGGAAAGUAUCAAGGUCUGCACUCCAAGGAGGCUGCACAGCAGAUUAUCAACGAUCUCAGCAAAGAGGGACAGGCCACUUUUGUGGAAAGCUGGCGGCUACGAGAUUGGUUGAUCAGCCGGCAGCGGUACUGGGGUGCACCUAUUCCCAUCAUCCACUGUGGCGAGUGUGGCCCGGUUCCUGUGCCGAAAGAAGACCUUCCCGUCAAAUUGCCUAAGAUCCAAGGUGAAUGGUUGAAGGGGAAGAAGGGAAAUCCCCUUGAAUCAUCCGAGGAAUGGCUUCACACAAAUUGCCCCAGCUGUGGAGGUCCCGCCAAGCGUGACACAGAUACCAUGGAUACGUUUGUGGACUCUUCUUGGUAUUUCCUCCGCUUCCUAGACGCGGCAAACAAAGAUUCCCCAUUCUCACCGUCCGUCGCGCGGCCAGUAGAUGUCUACGUUGGAGGUGUGGAGCAUGCCAUUCUGCAUCUGCUCUACGCCCGAUUCAUCUACAAGUUCCUCGCUCAGUCAGAACUAUUCCCAGCCACUGCACCUGGUGAGCAAUCGGUAGCAGAGCCUUUCAAGAUGCUUCUGUCCCAGGGAAUGGUUCAUGGCAAGACCUUUACGGAGCCAUCGACGGGUCGGUUCUUACUCCCGCACGAAGUUGAUCUCACAAAACCUGACAAGCCCUUGAUUACGGGCACCCAAAUCACCCCUAACAUCUCAUUCGAGAAGAUGUCGAAGAGCAAGCACAAUGGCGUUGAUCCUACGACCUGUGCAUCCAAGUAUGGUGCUGAUGCCACCCGUGCACACGUUCUCUUCUCGGCUCCCGUUAGCGAAGUCCUGGAGUGGGACGAAUCCAAAAUUGUCGGCGUUGAGCGCUGGUUCGGCCGGCUUUGGAAGCUUGUCUUUGAUACACAGCAAACGUUGGCUGAAGCGUCCUUCGCCAUUACCGUGGCCGAUCUGAAGGACUCUGCCGGUCACGCCAUAUCCCUGCCUCCCUCACUCCAAGAUCUGAGCAGCUCUGAUGCGGACGCUGUCCUAGCAACCCACAACACCAUCUCUUCUGUCACUGGCUGCAUUGAGAGCAACCCCUACGGCCUGAAUACCGUCAUCUCGGAUCUGACCAAGUUGACCAAUGCCCUUUCCUCAGCAUCUCCUUCUCCCUCUCCCCUCGCCCUCUACAUAUCUGUCUCUGCCCUUCUCCGCCUCCUAGCACCGAUUGCCCCUGCACUAGCCUCCGAGUCUUGGGAAAUACUGCAUGACUCCGUUAUGAAGCCAUCCGAACCUGCAACUCCCGUGCCAUCUGUCUUUUCGUCUCCCUGGCCUACCGCUCUCCUCACCUCUGAACAAGCCGAGGCUCUAUCCUCCCGCGGUGGUCAAACGGUAGCUGUCCAGAUCAACGGAAAGCUCCGCUGUGCGGUCACCAUUCCACGCUGGCCGUCUGCUCAAGAAGUCCCUUCAUCCAAGGGCAAGGCCCCGGCUGCUUCCAAGGAAGAACAAGACUGGAUCAUCGAUCGAGUCUUGGAGACUACCGAAGGUAACCUGUGGCUGCGCGAAAAGCACGACUGGGAAAAGAGACGACGAGUCAUUGUUGUCAAGGGCAAAUUGAUGAACGUCGUGUUCUAG